AUGGCGGCUGAGCAACAGCGAGUCGGUUGUCCUGGCGACGAGUCUGUUAGUGGUCUCCUACUCAAAGACGUUCCUCUGACCACCGGUUCUGGUACCAUACUUUGUGACGUCUCAACUCCCUUUCAUCACCCUUUUGUGCCCGCCUCGAUGCGUCGAGCUGUAUUUCAAGCUCUGCAUGGACUCUCCCACCCUGGGAUCCGAUCCUCUCAAAAGCUCCUCGCGGAAAGGUUUGUCUGGCCUGGCAUGAACAAGGACGUCAAAGCUUGGACCCGGUCGUGUCUGAACUGCCAGCUUAACAAGGUGCAGUGUCACAACAAACCACCACCAGGCGCUUUCCCCAGUCCCGACGCACGGUUUAGCCAUGUGCAACUGGAUGUCGUAGGCCCUUUGCCUCCAUCCAGUGGUUUCACCCACCUCCUUACCUGUGUCGAGCAAUAUACCCGCUGGGUUGAAGCGACUCCUUCGCUGAAUGGGCAGGCUGAAACCAUCGUGAAGGCCUUCGUUAGUCGUUUAGUCGUCAUGUUCGGUGCUCCAUCCACGGUUACGACUGAUCGUGGUGCCCAGUUUGAGUUGGCACUCUUCCAAACGCUACUCAAUUUCCUUGGCUGCACACGCAUUCGGACGACAGCCUACCACCCAUCUGCCAACGGCAUGGUUGAGCGUUUUCAUCGCCAGCUAAAGACUGCCCUUCGUGCCGUAAAGACUGCCCUUCGUGCCGUAGAAGACACAGGAAACUGGUCGGACAACCUUCUUCUUGCACUCCUCGGCAUCCACGCAGAUCUGAAGUCGGAUAUGGGCUGCAGCGCAGCUGAAUUGGUUUUCGGCAUUACCCUCCGGCUACCAUGCAAGAUGAUCACCCCAACAUCUCGUGGGGCCGACGAGACUCCUGACAACCUUGUGCACCGUUUGCGGCAAUUUAUGCGCUCGCUUUCCUCGGUUCCACCUCGAACACCAAUGACUGAGUCUUAUGUCGAAAAAGACUUGGACAGCUGUACUCAUGUGUUCGUUCAGUGUGACCAUGUGCGUCAGCCGCCGGAAUCACCAUAG